AUGGAAAAUGUUUAUACGGCAUUAUGUUUAUCAUUAAUUACAAAAAAUAGAUUUGUUAUAUCAUGUGAAGAUUCAACAAAGGCAAUUGAUCAAUUUACUCAAUAUAUUUUAAAACCAAUUAAUCUAAUUAAUCCAUCUCAAAUUGUAAUAAUUGAUUUAUUACAAUCUAAAACGGAUGAAGAAAUACUUGACCAAAUGUCUUAUGAUGUUGGAGAUCAAUUAUGGUUUAAAAAUAUUAUACUAUGGAAAAAUUUACAAAAAUUGGAUUUAAUAGAAUAUAAAAGGUUAUAUAAAUUAAUAUUACAAGUUGAUAAUUAUAAUAUGAAUUCUUCAAAAUUAUUAAGUAAUUUACCAUCAAAUUUUACAAUUAAUAAAAGAAUUAUUCAAGUAUAUAAACCAAAAUUAUUUACAAUUAUUCCAUUUUUAGAAUAUGAUUUGUUUGAUAAUAAAAUAUACAAUUUUUUAAAAGAACAAUUUUGGUUGAGUGUAAAUUUUCCAAUUAUAAGUGAUCUUAAUUCCAAUAUAAUGUCUAAAUUCAAAAUAAUUCCAAAUACUCAGGACGUAUUAUUAAAUUUAAGAUCUCAAAUGGAUAAAGUAUUUAUUUCUCCAGAGAUAAAAAGUUAUAUUUAUUCAUUAGUUGUAUUUAUAAGAUGUCAUAGAAUCGCAUCAUUAUCUCCAAAAUCUGUUCGAAUCUCAACAAUAGCAAUAGAAUAUAUUCAUAAUUUUUGUAAAGCAUUAGUUUUAUGGAAAAAAUUCUUACUGAUUGAUGAACAUCCACAUGAUACCACGUUUGAUGAAAAAAUUGAAGAAAAAAUAACAACUAUUACUUCAGAUGAUGAUACUGGUGUAACAGCAACUUCAACAACAGAUAUAGAAAUGAAUCCAGAUGAUUUAUUUGUAACACCAGAAUAUGUUAAAAUAGCAAUUAGAAAAAUAGGAUAUUGGUUAGUUGAUUGGGAAUAUAAUACAAAAUUUGCAAAUACAAAUGAUUAUAAAUUUUCAAAUAAUGAAGAACAAACAAAAAUAUUAGAAAAUAAAAAAUUAGAAAUAAGUAUGCUUACUGGUGAUUGGUAUGGAACUGAUUAUUAUCAUGCAAAUGAUUAUUUAAAAGGUUAUAAACAUAAAAAGGAUUAUGAUAGUCCUACAGGAUUUACAAAUAAGAUUAUUGAAGAUUGUAUAAGUUCAGUUAGACCACCUUUAUAG